UUAUUUUUUUUUUGUGCAAAAACUUUCACUGACAUAUGAAACAUGUCGUCAAGAAGGGAAGGAGAUACUUUGUGCUUCUUUAUUAACGGGAAAAAGGUAACAGAGAAGCAUGCCGACCCUGAGACCAUGCUGUUGUCCUUCCUCAGAGAAAAGUUGAGGUUAACCGGGACAAAGUCGGGCUGCGGUGGUGGAGGAUGCGGGGCGUGCACGGUGAUGGUGUCCCGAUACCAACCUGCUACCAAAACCAUCAAUCAUUUCUCCGCCAACGCCUGCCUGCUGCCGCUCUGCCAGCUUCACGGAGCCGCCAUCACCACGGUGGAGGGCAUCGGCAGCACCAAGACACAAAUCCACCCUGUGCAGGAGCGGAUAGCGAAGGCUCACGGCUCUCAGUGCGGCUUCUGCACGCCGGGGAUGGUGAUGGCGAUGUACACGCUGCUGAGGAACAAACCUCAACCCAACAUGGACGACAUCACAGAGGCUCUGGCUGGGAAUCUGUGUCGCUGUACUGGAUAUCGACCGAUCGUAGACGGCUGCAGGACUUUCUGUCAGGAGACAAACUGCUGCAAAGUGAGCGGAAACGGAAACUGCUGCCUGGAUGGAGGAAAUCAAACUGAUGAAACUGAGCGAGAGCCGCCACAGCUGUUUGACAAAGACAAGUUUCUUCCCCUGGACCCGACGCAGGAGCUGAUCUUCCCUCCUGAACUGAUCCUGAUGGCAGAAAAAGGAACCCCACAGACCCUCACCUUUGACGGGGAGAGGAUCCGCUGGGUGUCCCCCGUCUCUCUGGAGGAGCUGGUGCAGCUGAAGACGGAGAACCCCAAAGCUCCGCUGGUUGUGGGAAACACCAACAUAGGUCCAGAUAUAAAGUUCAAAGGCGUCUUCCAUCCUCUGAUAAUCUCUCCGACCCGAGUUCUGGAGCUGUUUGAGGUCUCUCACACACCAACAGGAGUUUGGGUUGGAGCCGGCUGUACUCUGGCUGAGCUUCGGUCCCUCCUGGAGAAACUAGUUCCUCAGUUUCCGGAGGAGAAAACCGAACUGUUCCGAGCUCUGAUCCAACAGCUGGGGAACCUGGGAAGUGUCCAGAUAAGAAAUGUAGCUUCUCUUGGGGGUCAAGUCAUCAGUGCGUAUCCAAACUCCGACCUGAACCCUGUUUUGGCUGCCGGGAGAUGCAAAGUGAGCGUCAUUUCAAACGGAGGAAGACGAGAGGUUCCUCUGGGUCAAGAUUUCUUUGCGAGCUUUUGCAAAACCAUCCUGAAGCCGGAGGAGAUCAUCGUCUCCGUUUUCAUCCCCUUCACCAGAAAGGGGGAGUUUGUUCGAGUCUUCCGCCAGGCUCCGAGGAAGGAGAUGUCCUUCGCCACGGUGACGUCGGGGAUGCGAGUGUUUUUCUCGGAGGGCUCCAGAGUCGUUCAGGACGUCAGUAUUUACUACGGAGGGAUGGGAGCGACCACCUUGAGCGCUUCCAAAACCUGCGCAGCCAUCGCCACAAGGCCGUGGGACGAUGAGACCCUCAGCCGGGCCUACGACGUCCUCCUGGACGAGCUGGUCCUCCAUCCGUCGGCUCCAGGAGGAAAAGUGGAGUUUCGUCGCUCGUUGUCGCUCAGCUUCCUUUUCAAGUUCAACCUGGAGGUCCUGCAGGAGCUCAGAGAGAUGAAUGUCAUUAAAGAAGAGCUCCCAGAGAAGAUCCAGCCGUUACCCCGAGACAUCCAGCCCGGGCUGCAGGAGUUCCAGCACGUGUCAAAGGGUCAGAGCGAGCAGGACCCAGUGGGACGUCCCAUCAUGCAUCGCUCUGCCAUCAGCCAGGCGACGGGCGAGGCCGUUUACUGCGACGACAUGCCGCACACAGACGGGGAGCUCUUCCUGUCUCUGGUCACCAGCGCUCGAGCACACGCUAAAAUCAUCGGGCUGGACGUGAGCGAGGCUCUGAGGCUGCCCGGUGUCGUCGACGUCAUCACGGCCGAAGACAUUCCCGGGGUAAAAGUGCGGGAGUCGUUUGGCUAUCAGGAGGAGCUGCUGGCUCAGAGCGAGGUGUCGUGUGUCGGUCAGAUUGUGUGUGCGGUGGUCGCUGAUACGAGGGAGCACGCCAAACGAGGAGCUUACGCCGUGAAGAUCAGCUAUGAAGACCUGCCCGACCCGGUGUUCACUAUAGAGGAGGCCGUGGAGAAGUCGUCUUUCUACGAGCCUCGGAGGAAACUCGAGAGAGGAAACGUGACUGAAGCGUUUAAAACUGUCGAUCACAUUUAUGAAGGUCAAAUCUUCUGUAACCUUCAAAUAAACGUCAGUGAUUACAGGAAGCUUUACCUUUGGAUCUCAUGCAGUUUACCCGUUUGUCCGUCGUUGUUUGUGAUUGUUUCCUCAGGUGAGGUCAAACUGGGCGGUCAGGAACAUUUCUACAUGGAGACGCAGAGCAUGCUGGUCGUUCCUGUCGGCGAGGAGACAGAGUUCAGCGUUUACGUCUCCACUCAGUGGCCCUCGUUAAUGCAGGAGACAGUCGCAGAGACGCUGGGCAUCCCGUCCAACAGAGUCACCUGUCACGUCAAAAGGUUGGGCGGAGCUUUUGGAGGGAAGGUCACCAAAACAGCCAUACUCGCCGGUAUCACGUCCGUGGCCGCGUGGAAGACCAAUCAUGCGGUGCGCUGCGUCCUGGAGCGAGGAGAGGACAUGUUGAUCACAGGAGCUCGCCACCCGGUCCUGGGAAAAUACAAAGUGGGUUUCAUGAAGGAUGGAAGGAUCGUGGCUGCAGAUUUCCAGUGCUACACCAACGCCGGCAACGCGGUCGAUGAGUCUCUUCUGGUUGCAGAGAAAAUUGUUCUCCACGUGGACAACGCCUACAACAUUCCCAACCUGCGAGGCAGCGGCGCCGCCUGCAGGACCAACCUUCCCUCCAACACGGCCUUCAGAGGUUUCGGCGUCCCGCAAUGCCUCUUAGUCGUAGAGAGCAUGAUUAACGACGUGGCCAUGGUGCUGGGACGCCCUGCAGACCAGAUUCGGGAGAUCAACAUGUACAAGGGGCCGUCAGUCACCCACUACAAGUUUGAGUUCAGUCCGGAGAACAUGCUGCGCUGCUGGGAGGAGUGUAAGGUCAAGUCUGAGUACAGCGCCCGCCGCAGAGCCGCCGACCAGUUUAACCAGCAGAACCGCUGGAAGAAGAGAGGGAUGUCCAUCAUCCCCAUUAAAUACGGGAUCGCAUUCUCAGAGAGCUUCUUAAAUCAGGCUGCAGCUCUGGUUCACAUCUACAAAGACGGCUCUGUUCUCGUCACUCAUGGAGGGACGGAGAUGGGUCAGGGGAUCCACACCAAAAUGCAGCAGGUUGCGAGUCGGGAGCUUCACAUCCCGCCCUCGAAGAUCUACAUCAGUGAAACCAGCACCAACACGGUCCCCAACACCUGCCCGUCUGCGGCCUCCUUCGGCACCGACGCCAACGGCAGGGCUGUCCAGAAUGCCUGCCAGACUCUGUACCAGAGACUUAAGCCAAUCAGGGAGAAGAAGCCCAAAGGAUCAUGGGAGAGCUGGGUCAAUGAUGCAUUUUUUGAGAAGAUCAGUUUAUCAGCCACUGGAUUCUACAGAGGUCCAGACCUGUACAUGGACUGGGAGAAGAUGGAGGGUCAGCCCUACUCGUACUUCACGUUCGGAGCGUGCUGCAGCGAGGUGGAGCUGGACUGUCUGACAGGAGACUACAGGACGGUGAGGACGGACAUUGUGGUGGACAUCGGGAGAAGUGUGAACCCCUCGGUGGACAUCGGACAGAUUGAAGGAGCGUUCAUGCAGGGUUUGGGUCUCUACACGUUGGAGGAGCUGAAGUUUUCCCCCUCCGGCGUCCUGUACACUCGAGGUCCGUCUCAGUAUAAGAUCCCCGCCGUGUGCGACGUGCCGCUUCAAUUCAACGUUUCCCUUCUGUCAGACACGCACAACCCGCGCGCCAUCUACUCCUCCAAGGGUAUUGGAGAACCCGUCCUCUUCCUCGGCAGUUCAGUCUUCUUCGCCAUCAAAGACGCGGCGGCUGCAGCGCGCUCGGAGUCCGGUUUAGUCGGCCCGUUUACUCUGAACAGCCCGGCAACACCAGAGAAGGCCUGCAUGGCCUGUGCAUCCCCGUUCACUCAGAAGAUUCCAGCCAGUAAACCGGGAUCUUUCAAACCGUGGGCCCUAAACAUCUAAACUUUACCGUGUUUUUACUUUUCUGUUUCUUCAAAAUAAAGCUCGACUGAAUGAAACUGACAAUAACAACACAAAUAAAAACACCUUUAGAAAAUGUCUUUGAAGGAAGAAUGUGCAGACAAACGUCUCCUUAGAUCGAUCUGCGAUCACCUGUGUCAUGUGAUGUAAAAACUUUAUUGGCACCUUAAUUCACAGCUUGAGUCGCUUUAACUCUUCACCUUCUGAUUCAAUCACAGAAUAAAUGACUGAACAUGUAAGAUAAA